AUUAGUAUUUGAGGAUUACACUGAGUGAAAUCGUCGCCUAACCUCUGCCGUCUGGGUGAUUACAUUGAGUGAAAUCGUCUUCUAUAACCUCUGCCGUCUGAGUGAAAGUGACACUGGAAUUCAAUAGGAAUGAGGUGCUAGCGGCCAUUGGCGUCAAUUCGUAUGUCAAUGCUUAGGGAGGCUGAUACUCUUCCGUUCAGCUUUGUUAAUGUUCAAAGGUUUUCUAGUUUCUGAUAUUGUGUGAGUGUACGAAGAGGUUGGGAACGAUAAUAAUCGUAGUGGAGUGGAAUCUACGAGGACAUUGCUCACUAGUAUGAAAUAAUCCCGUGGUUGAACGUUGGAGGUAUUGCCGUCCACAAUGAUAUGAGGAGAAGGACAACAAUUCCGGCAGCUGGCGCGAUUAUAGUGAGAUAGCAGCUAUCGUGCUUAGUGCUAAGGAAACAAUGUCCAAUACAAUCAAAGCCAUAGACAAGCAGUCUGUGCAUCGAAUAUGUUCAGGUCAGGUAGUGGUGUCGUUGGCUGUCGCGGUGAAAGAGCUGAUAGAAAAUGCUAUAGACGCCGGUGCUACACUGAUAGAAAUCAAGCUAAAAAAUUAUGGACUGGAAGUUAUGGAGGUCAGUGAUAACGGUCUAGGGGUUGCACCCGCCAACUAUGAGUCACUGACUCUAAAACACCACACCUCUAAAAUCAGCGAUUUCGACGAUUUGGCCGUGAUCGAAUCGUUUGGCUUUAGAGGAGAAGCUCUCAGUUCUUUGUGUGCACUUGGCAAGGUAUCC